ACAGUCGGUUGACUCGGGUGAACCUAUUUUCGAAAGACGGUGCGCGAGGACGCUUCUGACUAUGUAAAGGUGUUCACGCUAUCAGAUGGUGGGGUGCAAGAUUAAGGGACCGCUCGCGCCGCAACGAUGGGUGAGCAAGCUAACAAGCAAACUUGGAAGCAAAAGCUCCUCUUCUACAUCACCGCCUUCUUCGUACUGCUCGGGACGUUCAGUUUGUUCUCUUUCUUAUUCCUCGUGCCUUUCGUCAUCGAUCCCGCGUUUACCACUAUCUUCAUGGAGUUCGACGAAACGCCGGCACUGUGCGUGACAGUUGAUAACGAGAAACGACAGGGUGCCUCCAACUGCACCUGGACCUCGUGCAGGGAAGGCUGCACCAAGGAGAUUUACACCUGCAGCCAACUCCGUGUUAACUACAAAAGAAACGUCACCGAGAACUCAACCGGCGUGACGUCCACCACGGAAUUUACCUCAGCCAGGGAAGAAAGAUCCCUCCUCAGGGAUGACUACGAUUACAUGAAAGAGGAUGAAGAAGACUACCCUAAUGAGGUGGAGCCUACGGGAUUGAUGGGUGACAGCUCCGAAUGGUAUUACACGGGAGCCAAGCUUUUUCCAAAUGUAAAAGGCUGCGGAUACCCACCGAUGCUAAAUUGUAGCAUCUUUUACCAGCGGUACCAAGACUUGGGUACGAACUUUUCCUGCUACUACAGCAGGGUCGAUCCGGGCCUGGUAAUCACCGACCUGGACAUGUGGCAAGUGUACAUGAACCUAGUGUACGCGAUGGCAAUUCCGAUCCCGUCCUUUAUAUUGUCCGUCAUCUACCUGACCUUCGCGUACUUCAAGAUCUACAAUGACGACGACGAGAAAACGCCGCUUAAAAACAACGCAGAAGAGAUGGACGUCGAAGGCGAAAGUGUGCAGGAAACCGUUCUCCAACCUGCUAGUGGCGUACUUACUCCUGCCAGUGAAGCUUUUCGCGAAGACAUUGCUGGAUUUGGUCACAAUUUUGUCGUCGCUAUGGCUGAUGAAAUCAGCAGGGAAAGUUUGGCGGACGGAGUUGUCAAUUCAAUCUCCAUACAAGGAAAUAUUGAGAGAACCAUAACGACGAGUAUUUCAAUAAAUGCGGGUCCCAUCGCUGACAUCUAAUACAAUGCAACGCCUUAUUUUUUGAAACAGAAAUAACUACAUAUAAAAUCGUCGCUUGGUAACGUAAAAACUUGAGAAAAAAGAAAUACCUUUAAUAGUCACUAUUAUGAUUCAAAAAUUUCGGGGAACACUAAUGAAACUAUAAUAAUAAAUACUAAUAAUAUUUGCUUGUACUUGCACCGAUGUAAACUUUCUCUCGUCACCAGCCAACGUGGAUAAAGAGUUUAAAUAAUAAUAAAGGCGCGUCAUCUCUCGUUUAGUUUUCGUUCGUGAGAAUCAGAAUCGCACAAGAAAAAAAUUCUAAUAGGAUAAAAACGUAGUACUAUACCAAUAUUUUAGAACAAAAAAAAAAUACAGUCCUGGACGACAACCAAAGUGAUGCAUUAGAUGUAAAUAUAUAUCUUAAUAGACUGCUCAACGAUGUAGCGCUUCGACAACCUUUGAAUAGGGCACAAUACGGUUCAGAUUCGUACCAAAAACCUCAGUACGUGUGCAAAUUUGCCGGGCCGUUUCCUAAUGCAUUGGACUGUACAAGAGCGUUUACAAAUCCUAUGGAUUUUAAAUUUUCUAACACUUCAGAGCUGUCGCCGGAACAAGCGAGCUCGAUGUAAAACGGUUUUUUUGCGAUAUAAUUGUGAUAAUUAGAUGCAGAGUUCUCUGAAUAUUAAAACUAUAAGUGAUAGGAGCGCGUGUAUGUUGUACAAAAGACGGAACCCAGAGAAUUUACAAGGUAACGCCACGCCAUCAUUUUUCGAAAAAUUUCGUUUCUGAACUCCGCUUCGGGUAUUUUUUAUAUACAUACAUAAAAAAACGAACGUUUUCCUUCCUUCUGAAACGGAAAGGGCGUUACACCGUCACGUUAAAAGGAUAAAUGGGAAUAUAAAUACAAUUUAUUAAUACGAUAGCUUAAGUUUAUAAUGCUUUCUAUUAAACACAAUUCAAAGUGCUUGACGAUGCUUUUAUAUAGUAUAUAUAGUCUAUAAAUAUACGAUACAAUUUAUGA